AUGUAUGCACUAUUUUGGAGGGCUGCAAAUGCCACUUCACUAUUCAAGUUCAAGAAAGCCAUGGAAGCCAUUGACGACACGAACCCUAUGGCAAAGGAGUGGCUUGUAGAUAUUGGAGAUCAAUCAUCAAGAUGGACAAAAUAUGCAUUUGACCCUAAUGUUUGUUGUGACGAAAACAAAACGAACUUUGUUGAGAGCUUCAAUGCAACUCUUGGAGUUGAUAGGUGUAAGCCUUUUUUAACACUACUUGAGGUGAAGAGAGUGAAAUUCCUAAUUUCAGACUCAAGAACAUGUAAGGCUUUCCAUUCGGGUGAUGGAUUUUAUGAGAUUAAAGAUGGUAAGUCCACCUUGUCUGUGAGCUUAAAUGACAGAACAUGCUUGUGCAACGCACAUCAACUCACUGCGAUCCCUUGCAAGCAUGUUGUGAGGGCCAUUCUACAUUCAAGCCAAGAUCCCAUAAGUUUUUGUAGUGAUUGGUACAGUUGCAAAAUGUACAAGCAAGUGUAUGCAAUCACUAUUAGAUCUAUUCCAGACCCUGAGCAUUGGCCAGAAAUGCAAUUCCCACCAAUUAAGCCACCAGUGAUGAAAAGAGCAAUUGGAAGACCUGCAAAGAAUAGAAAGAAGGAUGCAAACGAGGAAAGAAAGGGGAAAAGGUCUAAGACUGUAAAGUGUAGUAGAUGCAAGGAGUUUGGACACAAUGUGAAGACUUGCAAGGGUGGAUUAACAACUAAGCAAAAGAAGGGUAAAAGGACGACUUCUACAUCGUAA